AUGGCACUCAUGGGCAUGCUUAAAGAUCAUUUGAUGGGGCUGAGCCCAUGGACCUCAUCCGUGCUGAAGAAGAAGAGAGAGAUCUUCUGGCUGUUGAACAGCAACGUGACGUCCGUAGAUGUUAGAUGUGCGGGAGCACCAGGCAAUUGCGCCCUCAGUGCCCACUGCGGAAGCCGCGUCAAAGUCGGCUGA